UUGGGCGGUGCUUUCGUAUCCAAGGCGAUGAAGAAAUUCGUGAAGGUUUCAUUUUCGUUUGGAAGGCAUUUUUCUACCCGCCCAAGCCCUCUAGCGUCUGCCAUCGCUCAACCAAUUCCAGUGAUCACGUGUAAACGCCAGCAGUUUAAUCUUUACCAGCAUGAUUUGCCAGCAGAUGCCGGGCGUGUUAAGUUGGGCGACCUGCCUUUAGCUUCUGACGGAUGGCGCCACAGGAAAUCAAAUGGCGAUUAUUUCAUCAUUCACCCAGUGCAACAAGCGUACGAAGCAUACGCCCUUAGUAAGGGGACUUUCAGCGAGCUGGGCAUACGCGAAAUGUUGGUAGAAAACUUGAAAAGGCAACAUGUCCUGUUUCCCACCCACUACCAGGUGGAAGGCAUCCAGACGGUACUGGACGGAAGUCACGCGCUCCUGGCCGCAGAGACUGGUUGCGGAAAGACCUACACCUACCUGCUGCCCAUCCUGGAACAAAUCUUGCGUCGGAAACUCGACGAAAAACGACGUGAAUUUAAUACACCGCUUGUGCUGAUCAUCACUCCGGGACGUGAGUUGGCGCAACAGAUUGGAAAUGUGGCAAAAAGUUUAACGGAAGGGCUUGGCAUUACGACACGUGUGGUUCUGGGUGGUCGAACGAAGCAGCAAAUGUUGAAUCCAUCAUUUGAAGACAUAGACAUCCUAGUGGCUAGUUUCGGUGCCAUCAGCAAGUUAGUUACGAGCGGAAUUUAUCGCAUGGAAGAGAUCCGAUAUGUUGUGCUGGACGAAGCGGACACGCUGCUCGAUGAUAGCUUCAACAAUAAAUUGCUCCAUCUGAUGAAACGCUUCCCUUUUCACAAGAACCACCUGCAAGAUCUUGCCGAGAGCAUUCGGGGAACACAGCUGAUUUUAGCCGCUGCAACGAUGCCCUCGAAUAUGGAAGAGUUGCUCUCGAAGCUGGUCAAUGUAGCCACGAUCGAACAAGUCAUAAGCCCAAAUCUUCAUCGAUUGAUGAGUCACGUCACGCAACGGUUUAUGCGAGUUCGAAAGUCAGACCGUCCCCAGAUCCUACUCGAUCUCGUUCAGAACGAUAAGAAGCGCAAUGUAUCGACGAUCAUAUUCAGCAAUAAAACACCCGCCUGCGAUUUCGUCUCGCUGCAUCUAAACGGCCAUGGAUACCCUUGCGUCAAUCUGAAUGGGGAUAUGAUGCUGAAGCUUCGUUUGGGUCAAUUUGAAAAAUUUCAACAAGCCGAAGUGAACAUUCUCUCCACCACGGAUGUCGCGAGUCGUGGGCUGAACACGAUCCGUGCCGCGCACGUUAUCAACUUCGAUUUUCCCCUCUACACGGCAGAUUACAUUCACCGCGUAGGACGCAUUGGACGAAUAGGAAGUCGUAGCGAUUGUUUGGUUACCAAUUUGGUUUCCAGUCAAGCAGAGAUCGGUGGAGUACAACGACUUGAGCACGCUGCCCGCACUACCAGCCCUCUUCGUAAUGUGGAUGCGAAUGUGAAGGGAAUAAUCAGAAAAAAUAUACUAAAGCGAAUAGAAGCGCAAGAAGGUGGUCCAAUGAAAGUGUAAUAAAGAUUAAUUUAUAGUCAUUGUGAACAAUAUAAAUUUA